CGUGCCUUAUAGAAUGUAUACAAUUGUAUAUCCUUCACAGGUUGUAGUUAAUGACAUGUAACAUAUUCAUAAGCGUUCUCUAACAGAUAACAUCCUUGUCCACACUGUGUCCUACUGAACAAGGAAGAAAAUCACCAAGGGUAUAUUACCGGUGACGGAGGGAGUCACUCACACGCUAUGACUCGCCAGGGAUACAUCGCUGUCUGUGUAGGGCUCGUUAUAUCAGUGUGUGUACCGGAUCCAUCACAUGGACAGAGCGGGAUUGAGAAGGAACUGCAUCCUCAAAAUGGAUUCUACAACAACCUAUUUGAGCCUGAAUGGGGGACCACAGGAAACGAAUUGCUCCGGUCAGCACUGGCCUCAUACAGUGACCAGGUUUUUGAGAUGAAGCAACGCGGACGUGCUAACCCACUGGACAUAAGUCAGGCAGUUCACGACGCCGGCAGCAGCGGAGAGCCUUCAACAACAGGCAAAAAUGCCAUGCUGGUGUAUUUUGGGCAACUGGUUGCUGAUGAAAUUGCCAGUGCCCGUAGUGCAGGGUGUCCACCCGAGUAUGAAAAUAUUCCGGUACCCGAGGGACAUCUCUACAAAGACACAGCUGAUGAGAUGGUCUUCAAGAGGGCUGGUUACAAUCAGAGGACAGGAGUCUCCCCCAACUACCCCAGACAGCAGCAGAAUGAUGUGACGCCGUACCUUGACGCAGGGUUCCUAUACGGAACAACGCGAUUCUGGACCAACGCAAUCAGGGAAUUUAGAGGGGGUAGAUUGAAGAGGCUGUCGCCUGUGGGCGUUAAGACAAGUUUCCCUGAUCUGAACACCUACCGUCUGCCACUGUCCAACCCACCAGUACCCCGGGACCACAGCUUACGGGAGGCCAGGCGAUUCUUUCUCAUGGGCAACAGAAGAGGCCACGAGAACCCGUUCCUGUUGAGUCUCCAGAUUGUCUGGUUCCGAUGGCACAACCAUCUCGCUGAUGACAUUUCCAGUAACAAUUCCACACUAACAGAUGAACAGGUGUUCGAGGAAGCCCGACGCCGAGUUAUUGCCCACUUCCAGAAAAUUGUUGUAAAGGAUUGGCUUCCCCAAUACCUGGGGCCGGGCCCCGACAACCCCGCGUACAGAGGGUACAACCCCAGAGUACACCCAGGCAUCACCCAGGAGUUUGCCAUGGCAGCCAUGAAGUACGGCCACACCCUCGUUCCUGCCGGAGUCUGGACAAUCAGUAACGACUGCAGCAACACCACAACCUCCGACCAGGGCCCAGACGGCGAAAACAGGCCCGUACAGGCUAUCAGGCUAUGCAACACAUACUGGGACUCGCGGGAUCUGGUACAACAAAACAUCAACAGUAUUCUCCAGGGAAUGACGCUUACACUGGCGAAGGCCGACAACCCGUCGUAUGUGCCUGACUUGAGAGAGUAUCUGUACGGACCGUAUGAGUUCUCUCGGCAAGAUCUAGCAGCACUUGAUAUCCAGAGGUCACGUGAUCAUGGACUCGCCAGCUACAAUGCAGUACGUCAAGCUUACAAUUUGUCGUCUGCUACGUCCUGGAGCGAUAUCACAAACGACGCAAGAACCCAAGAUAGACUGCAGGCAGUAUAUGGCAACACGUCCUUCCCGGAAAACCUUGACCUUAUCACCGGGGGACUGCUUGAGACAAGGGGUAACGGACCGGGGAAGCUAUUUUCCCUCAUCAUACAAGACCAGUUCCAGCGCAUCAUAGACGGAGACAGGUUCUGGUACGAAAACCCGCGGAAUGGACUUUUCAGCCGAGAUGAAAUACGACAGAUUAACAGUUUGACGUUCCGGCAAAUCUUAUUGAACGUCACAGACAUUCAAGAAAAUAAUUUGCCCAAUGGUGUCUUCAGCUGUCGAGGGAAUGUGUCAUGUAACUGUCGGUCGCCUCCAAAUGUCGACGGAAACAACAACACAAUGUUUGGCGUCUGCAGCAAGCUACAAACAUACGACUUCUUCACUGGCAGCGAGGCAUCCUUUGCACUCUCAAUCCUGGCAACCGGUCUCUCCAUUCCAGGGUCUAUCGGCGUGUUGAUGCUGCUGGUCUGGUUACGGAAGAGAAGGGAGGCACAAAGGAACAUGAUGAGACCGAGGAAGACCGGGAAGACCAACACGUUUGCAGCAUGUGAGUGGUUGGGGCCAGAAUCCGGGAACAGAAAUGUCACAGUGGAGUUCGACAAUCAACGGAAAAAGAUAAAGGUGACGGACAUGCGAGGCAGAGAUGUUCGAUACAUUGACCUGCGCAACACAGAGAAGGCGACUCUCAGGUUAUCUUACGACAAGCAACUUGACCUUCUCUCCCUGCGUGUACCCGGGGAGGUGGACCUGAUCCUCCGGUUCCGACAUCUGGGUGAGAGGCAGGAGAUGCUGCAGUGCACAGAGGACUUCCUGCAGACGCUGGGCGUCCAGACGGAGAAACAGGAACAGCCGGAACAGAUCAUCAUCAGCCACUCCAACAACAAGGACGACAGACAGAAGCUGCUGGACAGGUUCUUUAGGGUCGUGUGUCUACAGGCUCUGAAAAAGGACCCGACUGCGGAGCAGUGGGAUUUUGAUGACGAUGCUGCCAACGAUGUUAUAAAACUGAAACUAACAAGAACAGAGUUUGCCGAAUCUCUGGGCAUGCAAGCCUCGUCCAUCUUCAUCAGGAACGUCUUCCUUCUCGCCGACACCAACAACGACGGGUACCUAUCGUUCAAGGAGUUCCUGGACUUGUUUGCUGUGUUCGCCAGAGGCACAGCUGAACAGAAGGCCCAGAUGAUGUUCAACAUCUAUGACAUUCGCCGGCGUGGCUAUCUCACUAGGGAGGAUUUCUUUAAAAUGAUACGCUCUCUCCUGGACCUGUCCGCUGCCAGCCUGGAUAACGCCCAUGUGACCAACCUGAUGGACGUCAUGUUCAGAGAUGCUGGCAUUGCCGACAAGGACAAAAUGGACUUCCAGGACUUCAAGAAAGUAUUUGUAUCAAAAGAUUAUGAAGCUACUCUACAUGCAGCCUCCCUUGCAGAGGAUGGGGCAGUCUCGAAACACACCAAGGAGGAGUCGACAUUUAGGAACAGACGCAAAACUUUCAUACAAAGCUACAGUGGAGGAGUGGACCCCAGGACCCCAUGCCGAGAUGCACCCCAGCACCACAUUGACAUCCACGCCCAUCCUGAGCCACACCACGAACUUGUGGAUCCACAGAGAGGAGACACCACGAAGAACAAUAGUUAUAACGGAAGCCCACGCCCAACGACCCAGUGGACGAGCCCCAGCCACAGGACCACACACCCACAUGACAUCUUUAACCUGAAGGACCCACAGAUGGACCCCGACCCACAGAUAACCAGAUCCGACACAGAACCAGGUGAUCCCAAGGAACACACCGAGACAGACAUGGACAGACACAACACACACAGGACCAAGGAACACACAGGAACACAGGAAGGACCGGAGGCACACAGACACAACGGAAUGGAAGAAAGAUGGAAUGGCCCAGAGGAACGGAGACAAGGACACAACGGACAGAGAAACGAGACAGGAACAGGAAGGAGGACAGGACACGGAAUGGACAGAACAUGGAACAAAGAAAAUAGUGGAUGGAACGAAGGAAACAGAACAGGAAGAAGGAGAGAAAGGAAGAAGGAGGUGGUGUGCUACCAAACUGUCGUCAUUAAACGUUCGUGUAGUUUGACAGUGUCAGUUCUUGUAUUCCCUGUUGCAGACUAUGCGGUGGGACGAGAGCAUGCGGGACUGAGACGCCUGUCUGGUGCGUGGACGACGGCGAUGAUCCGUGGGUCGGCAAGCGUCAUCAUGUUCAACCUCGCCAGCCUCCUCGUGACCAUGUCUCGCAAUACCAUCACGAGACUCCGAGAGACGUUCAUUCAUCGUUUUGUACCGUUUGACUCGGCAGUUGACUUCCACAAAUACAUAGCCGCUGUGUUAAUGAUAGCCUCCAUCGUGCAUAUCGUGGGUCACUGCGUCAACCUGUACUGCAUGAGCACUCAGCCAGCGCAGGACCUCAGCUGUCUGUUCAGAGAGUUCUUUAGAGCGUCACAUGUCCUAUACACAUUCCACUUCUGGGCAUUCCAGACUAUCACAGGACUUGCCGGAAUCCUGGUGACGGUGCUCAUGUUCGCCAUGUACGUGUUCGCCAUGCAGUUCGCUAGGCGCAACGUCUUCAACGCCUUCUGGUUCACCCACAGCCUCUACAUCUUUGUCUACAUUUUGACGUUCCUCCAUGGCAUCGGGAGACUGGUGCAAGAUCCAUUGUUUCCAUGGUACCUGAUAGGACCCCUGCUGGUCUACCUAGUUGACAGGAUUCUCACGUACAGCAGACACAAGGUCGAGAUUGUUGUCAAGAGAGCUGAGCUGCUUCCAUCAGCCGUGAUAUUUCUGGAGUUCAAACGUCCCGCAAAUUUUGACUACAAGUCUGGGCAGUGGGUCCGUAUCGCCUGUCUGAACCUGGGGAAGAGCGAGUACCACCCUUUCACUCUCACGUCAGCUCCUCACGAAGAAAACCUCUCUUUACACAUCCGGGCAGUUGGCCCGUGGACUACCAACCUGCGUGAGACCUAUGACCCAAGCAAUCUGGACAUGAACAAGUUACCAAAGUUGUACCUUGACGGGCCAUUCGGUGAGGGACACCAGGACUGGUACACAUUCGACAUCGCAGUGCGUGGGGGCGGAAUUGGCGUUACACCGUUUGCCUCUAUACUCAAAGAUAUCGCGUUCAAGUCACAGACGGGAGCUCGCUUUACAUGCAAAAAGGUGUACUUCGUGUGGGUGACCCGCACCCAGAAGCACUAUGAGUGGCUGGUCGACAUCAUAAGGGAUGUAGAGGACAAGGACAAGCACAACAUCGUCAGCGUCCACAUCUUCGUCACUCAGUUCCAACAGAAGUUCGACCUGCGGACCACCAUGUUGUACAUCUGCGAGCGACACUUCCAGAAGGUGGAGAACCGCAGCCUGCUCACCGGUCUCAGGGCGAUCACGCACUUCGGCAGACCUGAGUUUGAUGAGUUCCUCAACUCUCUUCACUAUGAACACCCACAGGUGCGCCGUGUGGGUGUAUUCAGCUGCGGUCCAGGCCCUAUGACCAACUCAGUCCAGGCAGCUUGUAGUUACCUCAAUACUCUAGAGGGGCCCAGCUACACACACCACUUCGAGAACUUCUAGACCGUCCCUGGAUGAUACCCAGCUUUCCGACAGAGCUUCUACACCAUCGACUGACCUCUGUAUCACUAACAGGAUUGAGUGUACAUGUACACCACUGACUGACCUCUGUAUCACUAACAGGAUUGAGUGUACAUGUACACCACUGACUGACCUCUGUAUCACUAACAGGAUUCAGUGUACAUGUACACCACUGACCGACCUCUGUAUCACUAACAGGAUUCAGUGUACAUGUACUGACUGACCUCUGUAUCACUAACAGGAUUCAGUGUACAUGUACACCACUGACCGACCUCUGUAUCACUAACAGGAUUCAGUGUACAUGUACUGACUGACCUCUGUAUCACUAACAGGAUUGAGUGUACAUGUACACCACUGACCGACCUCUGUAUCACUAACAGGAUUCAGUGUACAUGUACUGACUGACCUCUGUAUCACUAACAGGAUUGAGUGUACAUGUACUGACUGACCUCUGUAUCAAUAACAGGAUUCAGUGUACAUGUACACCACUGACCGACCUCUGUAUCACUAACAGGAUUGAGUGUACAUGUACUGACUGACCUCUGUAUCACUAACAGGAUUGAGUGUACAUGUCCACCACUGACUGACCUCUGUAUCACUAACAGGAUUCAGUGUACAUGUACACCACUGACCGACCUCUGUAUCACUAACAGGAUUCAGUGUACAUGUCCACCACUGACUGACCUCUGUAUCACUAACAGGUUUCAGUGUACAUGUACACCACUGACCGACCUCUGUAUCACUAACAGGAUUGAGUGUA